UAGCUCGGAUGCUAAUUCGUAAUUUAUUUAAUAUUGAACAAAGCCAUGCAAUGUUAGCCGUUAGCUCUGAUGCUAACCUGUUAUUUAUUUAAAUAUUGACAAAAGCGGUACAGUGACAGUCAUUGGCACAGAUGCUAACUUGCUAUUUAUUUAUUAUUAAAUCGAGCAGCGCAGUGUUAGCCGUUAGCUCCCAUUGCUAACUUGUUAUUUAUUUAAUAUUGCAUAAAGCGGUGCGGUGACAGCCGUUAGCUCCGAUGCUAACGUGUUAGCCUCGCUGCUUCCCUUUGUCACAGAGCUGACUUCCGUCUUGAUGUUGGCUCCAGGUUUCUGCAAUCUGUGGUCCGCUCAGACUCUCAGCUGUCCGCCGCGGUGCUGAACGUUAGUUUAUGGUUCGGUGUUUUGGUGAAGAAGACGGUUGAAGCUGCCCCGUUGUGCCCGUUUUGACUUUUAUCCGCUUGGCUUCGUGAGGAAUCGGCUGUUUACUUAGCUGUUAGCUGGCUAGCAUCAGCCAGCUGAGCGGAACCACCGAGCAUGUUUCGGUUCUUGAAUGACGUUGACGAAGACCCCUUCAUGAUAUUACCCUCCCCUAUGGAUCCAUUUGCAGCUCACCGGCAGCAGAUGAGGAGUCUGUUUGGACCCUUCGGGAUGGAUCCUUUUCCUCUCGCCCCCCAGAUGCAGCCACAUCGUGCACCUCGCAGACAGGCUGGUCCACUGGCUCCGUUUGGCAUGAUGGGAAUGGGAGGCGGCUUCAUGGACAUGUUUGGAAUGAUGGGAGAGAUGAUGGAAAACAUGGAAAGAAUGUCUGGUUCUCCAAACUGCCAGACGUUCUCCUCCUCCACAGUGAUCUCCUACUCGUCUGGAGACAUUGGAGCUCCCAAAGUGUACCAACAGACCAGCGCCACGAGAACGGGCCCUGGAGGGAUCCGUGAGACGCGACAGUCGAUGAGGGACAGUGAAAGCGGCCUCGAGCGUCUCGCCAUCGGACACCACAUCGGCGAUCGAGCACACAUCAUGGAGCGUUCUCGGAACCGCCGCACUGGAGACCGCGAGGAACGACAGGACUACAUCAACCUCGAUGAGAGUGAGGCUGCGGCGUUCGAUGAGGAGUGGAGGAGGGAGGCGGGCAGGUACGUUCCUCCAAACCGAGCGCUGGACUACGGCCGGGACCGACGAGCAGCAGGUCAGCAGCUGGCGCUGACCGCCGCCCCGAGCUCCACGCCGCCCCCGGGUCACCGACACGAGUCCCCGAGACACCGCCAGCCCCAGACCCGCCCACGCUACGACUGGUGAGGAGGUGAACCGCUCAGCGAGGAGGCGACCGAUGGAAGGAGUUGAGGGAAGAUUUCCCCAAAGCUGUGAACCACGCUGAAGACGGAAGUUGAUGAUCGUCACAGCUGCCGUCGUAAAUGUUUGAUAUGACUGGACUGUCUGUACAUGAGCCACAUAUAACACACACACACACACACCUCCACCUGUAGCUACAUCACAGCUUCUACUGUUACACACAUACAGACUCCUGUACGCAGGCAUAACUACACUCACUUUAUAUAGAAAUACUCAUUUCAGACUUGACAUGUGUCUUUGCCCGCUGCACUAAAGUGCUCAGUAUACAGUACAUCUGCUGUACAGUCCAUUUUAUGUUUGUGAAGACACUAGUGUGUCGGUGAAUUGAAUUGUAUACUGUUAACUAAUUAAUCUAACUAAAUAAAAGUUCAUUAAACAUUGUUAGAUAAAUGCCGAA